AUGGCGCGAACGGCAAGCAGCAAGGGGAGCAGCGGCCGCGAGCGCGAGCUGGCGCGGGUGGCAAGCAGCAAGGCCACCAGCGGGCGCGAGCGCGACGUGAAGAAGCCGCUGCUGCUGGGGAGGUUCGAGGUGGGGAAGAUGCUGGGGCAGGGCAACUUCGCCAAGGUCUACUACGCCCGCAACGUCGGCACCGGCGAGGAGGUGGCCAUCAAGGUCAUCGAGAAGGAGAAGAUCUUCAAGUCCGGCCUCACGUCCCACAUCAAGCGCGAGAUCGCCGUGCUCCGCCGCGUGCGCCACCCGCACAUCGUGCAGCUCUACGAGGUCAUGGCCACCAAGCUGCGCAUCUACUUCGUCAUGGAGUACGUCCGCGGCGGCGAGCUCUUCGCGCGCGUCGCCAAGGGCCCGCUCCCGGAGCCCGAGGCGCGCCGAUACUUCCAGCAGCUCGUCUCCGCGGUGUCGUUCUGCCACGCGCGCGGGGUGUACCACCGCGACAUCAAGCCCGAGAACCUCCUCGUCGACGACGCCGGCGACCUCAAGGUCUCCGACUUUGGCCUCUCCGCCGUCGCCGAGCAGAUACGCCACGACGGGCUCUUCCACACCUUCUGUGGCACUCCCGCCUACGUCGCCCCCGAGGUGCUGUCGCGGCGAGGGUACGACGCCGCCAAGGCCGACCUGUGGUCCUGCGGGGUCGUGCUCUUCGUCCUCGGCGCCGGAUACCUCCCUUUCCAGGACCGGAACCUCGUCGGCAUGUACCGCAAGAUCCACAGGGGCGACUUCCGCUGCCCCAAGUGGUUCUCUCCGGAGCUGCUGCGCCUCCUCCACCGCCUGCUGGACACCAAGCCCAUCCGCCGCGCGGCCGUGGACGAGAUCAUGGAGAACGAGUGGUUCAGGGUCGGGUACCGCCGCUUCUCCUUCCGCAUCGAGGACGACCGCUCCUUCACCCGCUUCGACCUAGACGACGGCGACGUCUACGCGUCCACCUCGCCGCCGGACACCCCGCGGACGGAGGACGGCGGCGACCGCGCUGACGACCCCGACCUGCACGCGAGGAUAACGUCGUGCGGGUCGGCGCCGUCGCUGCUCGAAGGGAGGCUGCUGGGAAACUCGGGCCGGCGCUCGCGGCGGCGGUCGAGCCUCAACGCGUUCGACCUCAUCUCCUUCUCGCCGGGGUUCGACCUGUCGGGGCUGUUUGAGGACGAGGGAAACGGUACCAGCGGCGAGGGCGAGCAGCAGCAGAACGCGGCGCGGUUCGUGUCGGCCGCGCCGGUGGAGGAGAUCCUGGCGUCUCUGGAGAGGACGGCGGCGGCGGCGGCUAUGGCGGUGCGGGCGAGGGAGGACGGGUCCGUGAUCAUGGAGGGGACGCGCGAGGGCGCGCACGGCGCGCUGGCGGUGGUCGCGGAGAUCUACGAGCUCACGACAGAGCUGACCGUAGUGGAGGUGCGGCGCAAGGCCGGCGGCGCCGCCGAGUACGAGGAGUUCUUCCGGGCGAGCCUCAAGCCCAGCCUCGCCGAGCUCAAGUGCGACGAGCAGCCACGCGCCGCCGCCGGCGACACCCCUCGGAAACGUACACCGUCGGUUGACUGGAAACCAGCCCGUCGUCCCCUUCCCCUGCGGAAUCGAGGUGAGGCUGCCCCGCGCGACACCGAGGUGAGGCUGCCCCGCGCGACGCGGGUGAAGAACAAGGCUCCGUCGCCGAUCCAGAUCACUGCCGAGCAGAUCAUCCGCGACGCCCGGGGGUGCCACGACCGAUCGAUCAAGCCGCCGCCCAGGAGAAAGAUCGCCGACCUCGACGAGCUCUCCGAGUACCGCCUCGGCGAACGCAACCUGUUCGAGGAGAAAGUUUGCCGGCCGGACUGCGGCGUCUCGGCGUGGGUCAGGUACGCGCGCUGGGAGGAGCAGCAGGGGGACCUCGCCCGCGCCCGCUCCGUCGCCGAGAUCCGCCUCGCCUCCAUCCCCGCUCGCCCGGCCGCCCCUCUCUCUCGCCGCUCCGCAGACUCCCCGGAUGGCAGACAGAUCCCCCGCUCACGUGUGCACACAGAGAGCCAUGGCCGACGCGCGAGCUAG